UUCUCGGUCUGUUUUUUUCUGAGAGACACCGCGGCUGACGGCGCCAUAUUGAAAGAACAGAUUUGUAUCGUAAAACGCGUCAAACGUCGAGUUUUUCACCAUGUUGUACCUGGAGGAUUACCUGGAGAUGAUCGAGCAGUUACCCAUGGAUCUCCGCGACAGGUUUACGGAAAUGAGGGAGAUGGACCUGCAGGUUCAGAAUGCCACCGAUCAGCUGGAGCAGAAAGUGAUCGAGUACUUUGUCAACGCAAAGAAGAACAAACCAGAGUGGAGAGAAGAACAGAUGGAGGUCAUUAAAAAGGAUUAUUACAAAGCUCUGGAAGAUGCAGAUGAGAAGGUGCAGCUGGCCAAUCAGAUUUAUGAUCUGGUGGACCGUCACCUCCGUAAACUGGACCAGGAACUGGCCAAGUUUAAGAUGGAGCUGGAGGCCGACAACGCCGGCAUCACGGAGGUCCUGGAGAGACGGUCUUUAGAGAUGGACAGUCCGUCUCAACCCAUCAACAACCACCACGUCCACUCUCACACCACAACAGAGAAGAGGAAGUACAGCGCUCCCGCUCACCACACGACCGAACACGUUCCGGAGAAGAAGUUUAAAUCUGAAGCUCUGCUGUCCACGCUCACGUCAGACGCCUCCAAGGAGAACACGCAAGGCAGCCGUACCAACAGCACGACCUCGUCCACCAACAACGUGUACAGUGUGAAUUCUUCUCAGCCACUGGCGUCUUACAACCUGAGCUCUCUGCCCGCCGGGCCCGGCGCCGGAGCGGGCGCCAUCACCAUGGCAGCCGCUCAGGCUGUACAGGCAACGGCACAGAUGAAGGAUGGCAGGAGGACGUCCAGUCUGAAGGCCAGCUACGAGGCCAUCAAGAACAAUGACUUCCAGCUGGGCCGGGAAUUCGCUCUGUCCAGGGACAACACGGGAUACUCGUCCUCUGCCCUGGCCUCCACCCUCACCCAGACCCUCACGCCCACCACCACCACCUCUGACUCCAGGGGGCGCAAGUCCAAAAGCAACGUCAAGUCUUCCAAUCAUCAGUCAUCUUCAUCGUCGUCCUCUUCCUCGCUGUCAUCAUGCUCCUCGUCGUCAGCACUCGCCCAAGAGCUUUCCCAGCAGGCCUCAGCGCUUCCAGAGGCCGAGGCGACGAGCCAGGUCGACUGGACCUACGACCCCAAUGAGCCACGAUACUGCAUCUGUAACCAGGUUUCUUAUGGAGAGAUGGUCGGCUGUGAUAACACAGAUUGUCCCAUCGAGUGGUUCCACUACGGCUGCGUCGGCCUGACGGAGGCGCCAAAGGGAAAGUGGUACUGUCCUCAGUGCACGGCCGCCAUGAAGAGGAGAGGCAGCCGCCACAAAUAGACCCGUCCCCCUGCUGCGGCCAUGAUGGAUUUAAAACCUGCAGAGUGUCUGAGGUCAGAGGUCGUCAGGCUGCUCACACUCAUGCAGCUGACGGUGAAAUCAUUUUUGAAACAAACGAAGCCACAAGAAGAAAAAUCGUAAAAACAAAAACAAACAAACAAACAAAAAAAUGAAAACAUUGAUAAUUUAUCUCGCAAAAAAAACAUUUAUCUGAUCAAAUGACUUUAAGUCUGACUUAAUUAAUCCUGACAUAUCUUGACCAAAUCUGUCUUAAUUAAGUCGGACUUGACUAAUAUUAGGAUCACUGCUUGUUACUGAGGGGUAGUCACAUCAUUUUUUUUGUCUUAGAUGUCAGCUGACUGACAGAUUAUCUGGUCAGGUCAGAGGUCGACCGGUCAGGCUCAGGUUGGUGGGUUUAAAAACGGAGUCUGACUCGAGGUCAUGUGACUCCGCCCCAUCACAGGAAGUGAGCUCAGACUGUCUGGAUUAUUAAAAACCUGACUUAAUGGUCUGUGUUUUCCUCCAUAAUCCUGAUUUAAAUAAAGUGAUUUUAAUAAUCCAGAUUUUGAUAGAAUAUUGAUUCAAAGUGAUUGGCGUCGAGUUCCCUCAUUUAUUUCCUUAGAGUCUUUAUCGCUGAACUAUCAUUAAACUCGGCCGAUUGGUUGUUCAUGUGAAAGCCUGACAGGCCCCUCCCCCCUCAAAAAUGAGACAAGAUGUGACCUCACACCUUUUUGAGAAUGUAUUUGUGUGUAUGUGUGUGUGUGUGUGUGUGUGU